GUCAUUACUUUGUGUGUCACAGGAAAUUGCUUGUUGGAUAAUUGUUGUAAUUCACAAUCUAAUUUUAAUAUAAUGCGAUCAUUUUUUCAAAUGCCUCCCAUUUCCUGACUUCUACCGAAGAAGCAAAAAUUACAGAAUGAAAUUUCUCCUUUUCCUCAUCAACAUAGUAACAGUUGGAAGUCAGAAUCCAGAUGAGUGUCCAUUUAUGUGCUCAUGCUCUCAUGACAGAAAAGUGAUUUGUAAAGGACUAGAUAGAUUUCCCAUAGGUUUGCCAGACGAUAUGAAAGAUAUUGUUUUUGAUGUUUCAUCGUUCAACAACUUCGGGAAAAAUACUUUACAAAUGUUCAAAAAUUUGAAAACCAUAAGUUUUAUUAAUUCGAAUUUUACAUUUAUACACACAUGUUCAAUAUCAGACUUGAGUAAUCUGACAAAGCUAGAAUUUUCAAAUGUGAGAAUUGGUCAAAUAGUCACAAAUGGAUUUUCUCACCUUUCACAUAUAAAGGAAAUAGUCAUGAGAAAAGUUACUAUCCAAAAAUUGCAUGAAUACGCUUUCAAUGAUAUCAAACACGUGGACAAGUUUGUGAUAGAAGAUUUCACUGCUGCUAAUAUGGAGAACUUUGUCUUCCAUGACUGGUCAAAUAUGAGACUGGUGCAGCUCAGAUCAAUGCAAGUAUUUGAUAUGAAACCAAAACUCUUCCAAAAGUUUGAUGCUAUCGACCAGUUUGAAAUUAUCAGAUGUACAUUUCCGUCAUCAUUGUGCGGACUUAAAAACAUAUUGAAAAAUCCAUCUGUAAAGAAAAUUAAAUUACAUCAAAACGCAAUUGACUGUUCAUGUAAUACAACAUGGAUUUUUGAGGCUGGACGAAAUUCAAAAGAUUUUGAACUAGUGAAUAACACUUGCUCAUUGCACUCACCUUCACAGUUAGCAGGGAAAGAAGUUUUAUCCAUUAACGAAAACCUUUUCUGUAAGACAGACGAAGUUCCUACAUGUGGUGACGGAACAUAUAAAAAACGGAUACCAAGCUGUCAGAUGUCUUUGUUAGAUGAACCCAUCAUGCCUGGAGAAACAGUAGAAUAUCCAAACCAAAGUCACAACUCCGCUUCAAAAAUACAUCACAUGUCUACAUUCUGCAUUCUUUUGGUUUAUUUAGUGGCUUUAUAACUAAAUUGACAAUUCAACAAUUAGUAUUUAACCAACAAUGUGCAAUAUGCAAUUUUGUUAACUGUUAUAAAGUUAGAAGAAAUGGAAUGAAGAGAGAAUUAAUGGAGAUUAAAACAAACUACUAGUAAUAUAACAGUGAUAUAGUAUAGGAAUGUUAAUAUUCAUUUCAUAGGUUAAAUGAUUCUGUUCUAUUAUAGUCAAAUUAACCUGGUUUGAAAAAGUGUAACUGUGUUAACCCUUCACUAACAAUCAAUGUAAGUUUCAUUCUUAUCAAAGAUUUAAUCUCUACAUCAUAUAGUUCCCUGAAUUCUGCAGAGAAAAAGUAAAAAUGAUCGUUAUAAUGUUUACAGACGAUCUAAAUACCAUUCCUUAUUGUUCUUUUAACCAUAUCAUUUUGAAAUGUCUGCAAACAUCAAAUUAAAUAAUUGCUUGUAA